AUGCAUCUUGACCCCAAACGGACAUCCCCCGCCCGCGUCGAGCUCCUCCGCCUUGCCGUCGCACCCUGCCUCGCCGGAGCGCGCCCGCCCCGAGCUCCUGGGCUAUCCCGCGCUUGCCGGAGCGCGCCCGCCGCGCAGCCCCACCCCGAGCUUCCCGGCAGCCCCGCGCUGCGCGCCGCCCGGCGCUCGCCGGAGCACGCCCACCCCGAGCUCCCGGGCCGCCCCGCGCUCACCGGAGCGCGCCUGCCCUGCCCCGAGCUCCCCACCCACCGCAACGCCGCUAGAGCGCGCCGCCCCGAGCUCCCCAGCACGCGCGCCCGCCCUUUCCUCUGCCGUCGCCGCCGCGGCCCCGGGAGCACGCGCCGCCCCGCGCGGCGGGGGCGCGUCGGCAGGCUAGCGUGGCGGGCGUGCGGCGCGCGCGCGGCAGGCGGCGGGCUGGCGGGCGGCGGAGCGUGCGCGCGGAGCAGUGGCGGGGGCGCGGCAGGCGGCGGGCGGGCGCGCGGCGCGUGGCGGGCGGAGCAGCGGCGGGGGCGCGCCCGAGCAGCGGCGAGCGGCGGCGGGCGCGGGGGAGCAGAGCAAGCAGCGCGGCGGUGUGAAUUGGCAAUGCAUGGACUCACAGGCCAGAUCUGA